UUACCUGGCUCCUGCCCCGGGAAAGCUCCUCCUUUUCUGCCCACACCCCGCAUAAAGGGGAAGGAGCCGCCGGGGCUGAAGGCAAAGGAAGCAUGGAAGGCAGGGGCCCCGUAGCAGAGCUGCAGCGCUCCAUCAUCUGCCCCAUCUGCCGGGCUCCCUUCCGGGACCCCGUCCUGCUGGACUGCGACCACAGCUACUGCCGGGCCUGCAUCACGGGCCAGUGGGAGCGGGAGAGGUCGGGGUUGCUGUCCUGCCCCCAGUGUCAGCGGGUCUUCGAGCGGCGCAACCUGCGCACCCACGUCAAGCUGGCCGUGGAGGUCAAGAUCGCCCAGAACCUGAACGCCAAGACGGCUCAGGUGGCCCUGACACCCAAGUCCCGCCGGCGGCGCGGUGGCUGGAUCCCAGUGUCGGUCACGCCGGAGGGGCAGGGCGUCGAGAAGAGCUGUAAAUGCUGACGUGACGCCGGCCCCCCUGCCCAAACCGCCCGUCCUCACCUGAGCCUCUUGGACAAUAUCUGACCCGUCCAUCUGUGCCUCAUAAAGCAGCCCUGGCCAUCCUGGAGAGAUUCGACGUGCGCCUGGGCGGAGCUAGGGUGUGGCACACACUGGGCCCCCUGUAGACAGACCUCUGCCCUGUGCCAGCCGGGGUCCCCUCCUGUGGGGCAGGGCCAAGCAUCUUUAUGGACCAGCCCUGGAGACGGGUGCCAAAA